UGAAAUUCCAAACGGCGCAUUAUUGUUUCUCUUUGGUCUUGUAUUUGGUUGUUAAAAGUCUUCCUUUUUCCUUCUUGUUGUAGUCAAAGUCGGCCAGAGCUUAUCGCUGCCUAAGCAAUCGUCAUUCGAGGGCCUGUGUCUCUCUCCCCCCUCCCCGCGCACCAUCAGCCCAGCUUCCGUCUUCCGCACACAGUCAUCUGGCAAGUCUUUGCACUGCACCCUCCACCUGUCACCCACACGCACCAUGCCACAACCAUUGAGCUCCAAGGAUGCGGCCUUGUUCCGCCAAGUGGUCCGUCAUUAUGAGAACAAGCAACACAAGAAAGGCAUCAAGACCGCCGAACAGAUCCUGAAAAAGAACCCCAACCAUGGCGAUACCCUGGCGAUGAAGGCUCUGAUCAUGAGCAACAUGGGCCAGUUGGAGGAGGCUUUUGUGCUGGCCAAGGAGGCUCUCAAGAAUGAUAUGAGGUCGCAUAUCUGCUGGCACGUCUACGGGCUGCUGUACCGUGCAGCGAAGAACUAUGAGGAGGCUAUUAAGGCGUACCGCUUCGCGCUCAGAAUCGAGCCCGAGUCGCAGCCCAUCCAGCGUGACCUUGCGCUCCUCCAGAUGCAGAUGCGGGAUUACCAAGGUUACAUACAGAGCCGGACGACUAUGCUGCAGGCCCGCCCCGGUUUCCGACAGAACUGGACUGCGCUCGCGAUUGCGCACCAUCUGUCUGGCGAUCUGGAGGAGGCCGAGAAGGUGCUCACGACGUACGAGGAGACGCUGAAGACCCCGCCGCCCACCUCCGACAUGGAGCACUCCGAGGCUGUGCUGUAUAAGAACACAAUCAUGGCUGAGGCUGGCAAGCUUGAGGAGGCAUUGGAGCAUCUGGAGAAGGUCGGACGCAGGUGUGCCGAUGUGCAGGCCGUGCUGGAGAUGAAGGCGGACUACCUCUUGCGCCUGGACCGCAAGGCCGAGGCCGAGGCCGCCUACACGACUCUUUUGGAGAGAAACCCGGAGAACUCAAACUACUACGACGCUUUGGUCCGGGCCAAGGGUCUUUCCAAGGAUGACCCUAAGGCUUUGAAGGCUAUGUACGAUUCUUGGGUGGAUAAGGCCCCCCGUGGUGACGCCGCUCGCCGGAUUCCCUUGGACUUCCUCGAAGGCGACGACUUCAAGCAGGCUGCCGAUGCAUACUUACAGCGCUCGCUCAAGAAGGGCGUGCCCUCGCUUUUCGCCAACAUCAAGGCCCUCUACUCUAACGUGGCCAAGCGGGAUACCGUUCAGGAGUUGGUCGAGGGUUACGUCUCGACUCCCCCUCAGACCAACGGUUCCGCUGAGGGUCAAGCCGACAAGGACAGCACCGAGUUCCUCUCCUCUUCCCACUACUUCCUCGCUCAGCACUACAACUACCACCUCAGCCGUGACCUGACCAAGGCCAUGGAACACGUCAACAAGGCCAUCGAGCUGUCGCCCAAGGCUGUGGAGUACCAGAUGACCAAGGCACGGAUAUGGAAGCACCACGGGAACCUGGAGAAGGCGGCCGAGGAGAUGGAGAAGGCCCGCCUGCUGGACGAGAAGGACCGUUACAUCAACUCCAAGGCUGCUAAGUACCAACUCCGCAACAACAACAACGACAAGGGUCUCGAUAAUAUGAGCAAAUUCACCCGCAAUGAGACCGUCGGCGGCGCGUUGGGCGAUCUGCAUGAGAUGCAGUGUGUGUGGUACUUGACGGAGGAUGGUGAGGCCUACUUGCGCCAGAGGAAGCUCGGCCUCGCCCUGAAGCGCUUCCACGCCGUCUACAACAUCUUCGACACCUGGCAAGAAGACCAGUUCGACUUCCACAGCUUCUCGUUGCGCAAGGGCAUGAUCCGCGCGUACGUGGACAUGGUCCGUUGGGAGGAUCGCCUGCGUGAACACCCCUUCUACACCCGGGUGGCUUUCUCGGCCAUCAAGUCUUACCUGCUCCUGCAUGACCAGCCGGAUCUGGCUCACGGACCGAUGGCUGUCAACAGUGCUGGUGAGGAUGAGAACGAGCGCAAGAAGGCCCUCAAGAAGGCCAAGAAGGAGCAGCAACGCCUGGAGAAGCUGGAAGCCGAGAAGCGCGAGGCGAGAAAGGCGGCCAGCACCGGCAAGAGCGCCGACGGAGAGGCCAAGAAGGAGGACCCGGAUCCGCUUGGCACCCAGCUGGUCGCAACUCAAGACCCGCUCAAGGAGGCGAUGAAGUUCCUGACGCCCUUGUUGGAUCUCAGCCCCAAGAGCAUUGAGGCUCAGACUCUUGGAUUUGAGGUGUACCUUAGAAGAGGUAAAUACGCACUCGCCCUGAAGUGCCUUACUGCUGCUCACGCGAUCGACGCCUCCAACCCCACUCUCCACACCCAACUUCUCCGUCUCCGCAAAGCCCUGGAUGGCUUGUCCGAGCCCCUCCCCGCCCAGGUGGCCGAGGCUGUUAACGCCGAAUUCGAGGCCCUGCUCCCCAAAUCCCAGAACCUGGAAGAGUGGAACGAGUCCUUCCUCACCACUCACAAGGAUAGUGUCCCUCACAUCCAGGCCGGUCUUACCAACCGGCAGCUGCAGAAGCCCGACAGCAAAUCGCAAUGUGAAAAUGAGCUCACCGCUACCCUCGACUCCGCCAACAUCACCAUCGACGCCGCCCUCGCCGGUCUGGAGCUGCUGAAUGAGUGGGGAAGCGAGCAGGCCGCUAAGACUGCCUACGCCCAGAAGGCCAGCAGCAAGUGGCCCGAGUCGUCGGUCUUCCGUCUGGAAUAGAAGUCGUUGAACCGCGUCAGCUUUUAGGUUGUGAACUGUUGGAUGAAUGAGAAACGUACCACGACCUGCUUGAAGCAACCGGGGCUUUUCGGGCUCGUCCUCUGCUAUCAUUUAUCUCAUGUGCCAUCUUUCGAAAACUGGGAAGCAAGAUCUUCGGGGUUUUGUAUGUAUCGGGUGCUAGCCCCGGCAUAGCUAUAGCUGUGUGUUUGAGGUAUACCUGUGUACUUGGUAUACCUGUGUACUUGUGGAAGGGAUGGCCGGAGUCGUGAUUCACCUUGCCUUACCCUUUCACUAGGGUCAGGGGUGAGAGAGCAAGAGAAACAGAAAAAGGCAAAUCUAGCUAGAAAGUAUAAAAGAGAAAGUUUUCAAAUGUUCCCAAAUCGGUCUGGCGGGGAUGGCUGUGGAAGUCUAGCUAAACCGACUCAAGGAGGCAUUUUACGAUUUGAGCAUCACUCCUCCAGCAGCAUUAAAC